AUGGCGGGAAGUAUGUCCUCUGCCCCUGGACCGCGACAUUCUCGAUCUGAGAGUCUACCAUCAUCUUGGCCAGACGCUCUAUCCCAACAUUCUACGUAUCAAUAUGGCUUGAGGUCGAAUCAGCCAAUCUAUCCUCGACCACGACGCUUCAAGCCCGCUAUCUGGCGAUGGACGAUUCUCCUCCUGAUCCUGACGCUCUGUGUCGUCGCCCUGCGCCGUCUCGCACAACCCACGAUUCCCCUAUCUCCCCUCGAUCUCGACUCUCGUAUUGCCGACCAAGAUACCUAUCGUAACCCUGCCCUACACCCACAUAUCUUCUCUUCGCCAAAACGAGAAGUUAAGAGCCCAACGCGAUGGUUGAAAGAGAACUCAUCGCCACUAGAUGAGCCACUUCCACAUGGCUCCCUGACGUCUUCCUCGCGACCAAAAGCCGCUCUGAUCAGUCUAGUGCGCAAUGAAGAGUUGGAGGGGAUUCUACAGUCGAUACGGCAACUCGAGUUUCACUGGAAUAGAAAGUAUCAAUAUCCGUGGAUCUUUUUCAAUGAGAAACCCUUUGGUGAGGAAUUUAUCGCCGCUACAAGCAACGCCACCACAUCCUCUACCUACUACCACCUCGUACCCUCGGCACACUGGACUCCUCCAUCCCACAUCACCGACAACCCAACGCCAUAUCACGAUUCACUCACAUAUCUAGGCACCAUUGGCGUCGGCAAAGGAUCCAUGCCAUCCUACCACGCCAUGUGUCGAUGGAACAGUGGCUUCUUUUAUCUCCACCCAUCACUUUCAGAAUACGACUACUACUGGCGAGUUGAACCAGACGUACAUUUCUUCUGCGACAUUGUCUACGACGUAUUCCGAUUCAUGCGUGAUCAAGACCUCCUGUACGGAUUCAACAUGGCGAUUCUCGACGACGCACGGAGUUUUGCCUCUCUAUGGCGACGUACACGCGACUUUAUGGCCGAAAAUCCGGACCUCUUAUACAAAGGUGAGGAGGAGCAUCUUUCAUGGGUAUUAGACUCGGCCAACGGCCUCGAAUACAAUAACUGCCAAUUCUUCUCCAACUUUGAAAUCGGCUCAUUAAACUUCUUUCGCAGUUCCGCCAAUCAACGGUAUUUCGAAUAUUUGGAUCAAAGCGGCGGAUUCUACUAUGAACGAUAUGGCGACGCGCCCGUCCACACGUUAAGUGUAGCCAUGUUUGCGCCGAAAUCUCAAGUCUGGUUUUUCCGCGAUAUUGGCUACCAGCACGACUCGGCUAGACAUUGUCCUCCACCUGCGGCGUUUGUUGACUAUGGUAGUAGUGGUGGUGGUGGCGGCGGUGCUGGAUUGCGUCGAUGUACCUGUAAUCCCACUUUGUUGGACGAUAACUUUUACAAGCUUGUUCCAAUGGAGAGUCCGCAGAUCAAGCCUCAGGAUACAUGUAUCCGUUUGUGGUUGGGGGGAAAGUAUUUGGCGAAGAAACCAGGUUGGAGUCAGGAUGCAGAGAGGGCGUUUGGUGGCGAUGGGUAUGGUGGGUAUCUUGUUGAUGGGAUGGAUUGAUUUCAUUCAUUGAUGGAUCACUUGAUUUCAUCUGGUACAGUAUCUUGAUUUCGCUCCUCGAACGGAGAAAGAGAAAGGUCUUUUGCCGGUUCAAUUCAGCCAAGUUCAAGUAUGGGUAUAGAUGGGAUACGGAGCGUCUGUUCUCAAAAGUGGCAAAGCACGUGGAUAGAAGAAAAUGAAAUGAUU